AUGACAAAAACUCUUGAACCUGAACAGAAAUCUUUAAUUUUGAACAAUAAAGGUAGUGAACAUCCACUUUAUUUAUCAUAUCUAUGUGAAAAUCUUCGUCAAUUCGGUGAUUAUUCACUUGUAACAAAACGUCUUAAAACAUAUCCACAAACAAUAGAUGAAUUACUUGAUGUAUUACUUAAUGAAGUUAGUGCUACAAUUGCUAAUCAAACAUUAGUUGAUGCUUUCUUUAAAUUAUUAAUAGCAGCAAAUGUUGGAAUACUCGAAUCAGAUUUAGUUCAAAUGCUUGAACAUUAUUUAAAUAUGAAUAUCGAUGAUGAAAAAAAUCGAAUUAUUAUUGAUCGAAUGACAUGGUCAACAAUACAAAGAUACUUAAAAUUAUUUCUUGAUACAGCAUGGAUUGAUGGACAUCAACUUAUUAUUUUUCGUCAUUCAACACUACAAAAAAAAUUACGAAAACGUUAUUUUGAAGAAAAUACAAAUGAUCUUAUUUCUAUACAUAAAUUUCUCGCAAAUUUUUAUCUUAAAAAUUCAACAAUUAAAGAUUUUUCAACUCGUCGUGUACCAUAUCAUUAUGAACAAGCACAAAUGAUUAAAGAACUUGUUACAUUUUUACGUUCAUUAGAUUCACGUGCUGUAAAUCAAUUAGAUCGACAAGUAUAUCUACGUAAACAUCGUUGCACACAGAUAAUCCAUUCUCAAGAUGGUCCUGCAAGUCAACGUGCUUAUGCAUGUUCUACGUGUGCUACAUUAUUUAAAUUAGGACCAUAUACAAUGACAAAAGCUUCAUGUAUGAUUUGUACCAAUCCAAUCCUUAACUUCAAUCAAGCAAACAAUCAUAUGAAACGUGAAGCACGUGUAUGUAAUAAACAUGGUACACCAGGUUAUCCACGUACAAUUAAAUGUAUUAUUUGCAGAAUUCUACGAGUAAAUUUGACAGGAACAGCACAGCCAUUUUUAGAACCUGUACCAAUGCAUAUUUGUUUUCAAUGUGCUAUAGCUGGUGGUGCAGCAACACGUUGUUGUGAAUUUAAUAAUGACUAA